AUGAAUAAUUUUUAUUAAUUUGACAGAUCCUUAUUAACAAUAGAUAUUCCAGGAGCUUAACCUAAAAAGAAAUCAAUAUAAUUAAAUAGUUUAGAUAUAAAAUAAAAUAGAUAAUUAAAAUUAUUGUAAUAUACAUUGAUAAUAAUUAUUUUUAGAUUAAAUGCUGGUUAAUAAGAUCAAUAGUAUGGAAGACGAAGAUAUCAACAUGAUUUUCAUCAUUUUUGCAAUAGUUUUGUUCCUUAGGGAGAAAAUUAUUUUGAUGGAUCUUAAAAAAAACAUUACAAUUUAUAGGAAGGAGAGAUAAAAUAAUUGAGAGCCUUAGAAAAUUUUUAUGAUUAACCUAAGUAUUUGUUUAAUAAAAUGAUGAAAUAUAUAAGGUGAUAGACUAUUAACUACAAAUGAUAUUGAUGGAG